AUGACGGGAGAGAACAUUCAGGGCAUCACCAAACCUACGAUUCGUAGGUUGGCGAGAAGAGGUGGUGUUAAGAGAAUCAGUGGUUUGAUCUACGAAGAGACCAGAGGAGUUCUCAAGAUUUUCUUGGAGAACGUGAUUCGCGAUGCUGUCACCUACACCGAGCACGCUAGGAGGAAGACUGUUACUGCCAUGGACGUUGGCGUCGGCAUGACCAAAGCAGAUUUGGUGAACAAUUUGGGAACCAUUGCACGGUCUGGCACCAAGGAAUUCAUGGAGGCCUUGCAGGCUGGUGCUGACGUCAGCAUGAUCGGUCAAUUCGGCAUUGGUUUCUACUCCGCCUACCUCGUCGCCGAGAAAGUAAUCGUCACCACCAAGCACAACGACGAUGAACAAUGUUGUUUAUGCGCUCAAGAGACAGGGAAGGACCCUCUAUGGAUUCGGAGGCUGAACAAUUUGUUCUUUUCAAUGGCUUUGGUUCUGUAAUGUAGGAUGUUUCUCUAGUUUUACAUUGGAUAAUAGUUGUAUAACUUCGAUUGGAAUUAUAUCCUGUAAUGUUUCUUCAUUAAAGAUUAUAGCUCAACGUUAAACGUUUUGUCUUCUCCUGCUAAUUUAACACUCCACAGUAUCAUUUUCUAACAGUUCAUCGAUAUAUUUAAGGAUCUCUUGAUUGUUUGAGUUA